GUUGUCAUGCAUCUCACAUCCUGUGUAUGCACAGUCACAUAACUGAAUUUAUUUUUCGACAGAGACAUUUGACAUCAAGGGGAGCAGAGUCACAAUGGGAGCAUCUUCUUCUGGCUUGUUGGAUGAGGCCAAAAUCAGCCACAUUAAAGGAAUUACUGACAGUACGUUCCAGGGCUUCAGUGUGUUUUACCGUCAGCAGUACUCUUCUGCCUAUGUUGGACACAUACACCAGGAGGUGGAGCCUAAGAAAGAGGGAAGAGGCCUGUUGCUUACUCAGAGGCCAAAGUAUGAUACAGAGGAGGUGCUGUACCAAGGUAAUGUGAAGUUCUCCUGCUGGGAUGAGCAGGGAAAGAAAUUCAGGGAGAGGUAUGCCGUCCUGAGAAGAGACUACAAAGUGGAGAUACAUGAAAACAAGGAGUCUUUCGAUCGUGGAUGUGCCCCUAAAUUGGUCCUCCAGCCGACAGGGGGCAGUGUGCUGACCUCAGAGCAGGAGUCCAUAGCUCAUCUGGCGAAAAUGUGUGCUGGAAUACUCAAUGGAGCGAAGGAGGAUUCUUCUUCAGUGGUGUCAUCUACAGAUGUGAUUGCUGUGUAUCUGCACCUGCCCUACACAGGCCACGCCUGCUUCCUCUUUCGGGAGGAAGAAGAACGAGAUCGCUUCCUGUCUGCGCUCAAGACCAGCAUUAGACACCGCAACCUAGACCCCUGGUGUGAGUCCUCCUAUGAGAGAGAGGCACACAUGCGAGCGCUCCGACUCUACCGACAGGACAAAGGAUGCUAUGAUUCCUGGGAAAUGCUGAUCGGAACAGAGGAGGAGGUUCUGGCCUCCCAGGUGAUGGAGGAAGUGUUGCCCUGGUUGCAGAGUCAGCUCCAGUCAAGAGUGAAGGGCAAGAAGACUGAGAGGAUACGACAGUGGUUGGCAACAGUGCAUGCAACCUACACGUUGGUGCUGGAACAGCUAACAGCGAGUAUGGAGGUUCUGAGGGAGGAGUGUCGUCAGACAGCAUCUGUCAAUCAAGCGCUGAUCAGAUCCAACCUGGACCAGAUAAUAUCUUCUCUGUCCUUCCUAGAGCAGAAAGUCAGAGUGUGUAUACAUGAAGAAGCAGAGAAAGUGUACAACGCAUCUGUGGCACCCUACAUGUCCUCCAUCCUUGAAGUACUUACAGAGAACAUAAGUGCAGGGAUUCACGGGAUGCAAAACACACUGCACACACAGAUGGACUCUGCCUUAACACACACAAAUGGAGGAACAGAGGACACCGAGAAGGCCUUGUUCUCUCUGCGCUCCAUCAGUCUGGAUCAGUGCUACGGGCAGGUGAAGAACCUCACAGAGACGCUUGCUGACUUAAAACAGCGGUUUGGAUUGAGCAACACACAGAGGCUGGCCCACUCUGCACAUCUGGAAAUGGAGCAGCUGCUGGACAGUGCUGUGUACACCUUAGAGCUGUUCCUCCAAUCAUCGGCCAGACUGCAGCCUUCUGAAAUUCCUGUCAAGAUGAAGAGAGCUAAAGAAAGAGUGCUGAAGCAGCUGGACUACGACAGCCGAGUUGUCCAGAGGAAGCUCUAUCAGGAGGCUCUGCUGGAGAUCACUCUGCCUGCUCUCACCAGGAGCAUGGACACCAAGUGGAAAACUGAGUUGCAGCAGUUUGAGCAGUACAUCUUCUCUGACUACAGCAGCUUCAUCCUGAUUCAUAAUGUCCACGAGGAUGUUCUGAGAAACAUGCUCAGCACGGAGAUAGAAACAGUGGUGAAGGAUGCUGCCAGUAAGAACAGCAACAAUCUCUUACUGGACAUGUCGGAUCUGGCUAUCAGUCAGUACAGUCUGUUGGGACAGACGGCUCCUUGCUCUGCACCAGACGACCCAGCCAAUUACCCUCGAGAUGUUUAUUCACCCGGGCCCAGUGCAGAUACAGAGUCUGCUCCUGCGGUGGAGGAGGAGGCUCAGACCACAGCUCACCCUCAGACUGAUGCAGAACUUAAUGCUGCAGCCGAAUCUGAUCCCAGCUCCAUUCAAAGAUCUGACCUGAGCACUUUGCCUUUAUCUCCAAUGAUUGUUGUGACACAACAGUUUGAUGAACCUUCAGACGAGGAGGUUUCUCACCCAGAAGAAAUCCAUCAAGAUCUUCAACCUGGAACCGACGCACCAUCGAUGGUGGAUUCGACCACAGCUGACUCUGGAACACCUGACCACUCUAUUAUCCCAGAAGCCACGAAUCCCACCCCAGACUCUCCUGAGUCCUCAGUGUCCUCGCUGCAGUCCACAGAUGUCCCGGCUGAAUGUGCUCAAAGCGAUCAGUCUGCAACACUUGAGAGUUCUGCCUCCUCAGACCAAACACCAGAGGAUGCUUUGGUCACACAGCCCUGCUGCCCUUCACCACCGCAACCAUUUUCCACAGACAGUCCGACGAUUAUCAGCCUCGAGACACUAAACGAGGCCAUCAGUUGCAACGCCGACGCACCUUCUGUAACAAUGGAGCAGCAGACUACUGACAGAGCUGUGUACCUGACAGGAGACAUCAAGGACAGCUGGGAGGAGGAGAGGGUGAGAGAGGAGAAACAAAAAGAGGCAGAGGAAGAAGAAGAGAAGACUGAAGGGAGAGUAGGUGAUGAAGACAAAGGUAGCGAGCUUGAGAAAAUUGAUGAGGGGGACGCAGAGGAGAGAGAAGAAAGCACAGGAAACACAGUGCAGGAACAGGAAGUGGAAGAAGAGCCGCGCCAAAGCCCUCAGCCAAUGGAAUUGCAGGCAGAGAGUUCUGCUGAGCCGCCAUUGGACAGCGUGGCUCUUAUAAGAGAGCUUGUGACAGAGAUCACUGAAGUGGAGACGGUCGUCAGCCCCUGUCCCAACAACAACGCACCCUGACAGUCACAUGACCAGGACAAACGUGGACGUGUCUCCACUUCCACCUACUUUACAAAAAUGAAGCCAAACUAUCUUGGUGUCCGAUGGUGGUGUGAAGCCAGCCCCCUCAAAGCUCGACCAAUCACGAUCAUCUCACCUAUCAAUCACAUUUCUUACUCCAUUAUUGUGGCUUCAAAUUAUAUUAAAAAAAACAACCUAAUGAUAAGAACUACCAAAAAUGACAGAAACCAUCUUUGGAAAAAAAAUUGUCACAUGCUUUUACUUUUAGUUUGGUACAUGUCCCGACUGCUCACAUAGAAGAGAUGGGGUUCAGCCAGCCACCAGGGGUCGUACAAGAUGUUUUGGCUUCACUUUUGGGAGCCGUACUAGCCUCCAUCUUUAUAUCCAGCCAUUGACAAAAGUUAAACCUAUUCCAUUUAAUUGUGUUACAUUUUAAUACAAGAAUUUAAAAAUCUUUGCUAAACAAAAAGCUGGAACUUAUUUUUAUUUCUGCUGUUCAUUUGUUUAUUUCUUUUCUACUCACAGUCAAAUGACUCAAACUAAGAACGAUGCUGUCAGCAUCAUGUUGUUGAAGAUGCUUUCUUUCAUUGUUUGGCCACACUGAUGUACGAUCACUUUAUGAAAUUGUCAUUGGAGUCUUACUUGAUGAAUCUCAGUCAACAUCCAGUCUCCUUUUAGUUGUGUUUUAUUUAGUGCCACCAACUCUGUCUGGUCAGGUCCUGUACUCUGGGCUCAUCAGAACUGAAACUGAACCAAAACUAGGUACUAAAGGCCAUAAAACCAAAACAGCUACCUGACACUGAGUCAGUGAUAAUUAUCAGCAGGUUCAUCAUAAGUGGUGACUUUUGGUUACAAACCAAAAUCAUUACUAUACUAUAUGACAUCAUAUUCUGACUUCAUAGUGAUGACAUCAUGACAUCAUUCCCACCACAUGAUCAUAUAUCAGUUUUUCUAUCCAUAUUUGCUUUAAAUUGUUUGAAUAAUCCUCUAGAAUGCAGAUACCUGGAAAAAAUAUUUUUAAACUUCUGCAUAAUAAUGAGGAAUAAUGGGAAAUAAGGAAUCAUUUUCUGAUCAAUAUAAGCUUCAGAUUGUAUGUCGAACCAUAUUAAAUGCUUUUCACACCCUAUUCGAUCAGCUCCAAAAGUUAAUAAUCUGGAGAAACCCUUCCAAGCUAUGAUGUCACACAAGGUAAUACAUCCAUAACUUUCCAAGACUUAAUCAUUUUAUCUGACAAAAUCAAAUGCACUUGUUUUCAAGAAAGCUGAGCAGGGGUACCCAUGAUAUCCAGCAUGUAAGUGUGAACACAGUGUGAUAUAAAAACAGUCAAAUAUCA